AUCGCUCCUCUCCUCCGCCCCUCCCCCCGCGCAGCCGCCGCCGCCGCCGCCACCGUCCCCGAGACCCUAGCGCACGGCGCGCCCUCCCUUGUGCGCCCCUCCGGCCCCCGCGGAGAACGAGAGGGCGAGCGAGCACGGCGCUCCCGGCCCAGCCCGGCCCCCUUGUCUUCACCACCGCCUGCCCUCCGCCGCCUUCUUUCGCUUCCACCUCCACUCCCCCCCCCCAAGUAGAGGCCCCCUCCGGGGGGGGGAGGUCCGGGGCCGGGAGCGGAUUCCCCCAACUCCUUCAGGCCCGCCCCCACCCGGCCCGAGACUGAGGAGGGCCCGGGCCGGCCCGCGUCGAGAGUGAGGAGGACCCCGGGCGGGCCCGCGGGCCGUCUGGGGCCUGAUCCGGCCCCCCCAGGCGUGUGAAGACAGGGGCCCGGCCCGGCCCGAGAGCGAGCGGAGGGGAGGGGCCUGGUCCGGCCCGGCCGGUGCGCGAGGACUGGGGCCGCGGCCCCGCACGGCCGCCGCCGCCGCGAUGGCCCAGCAGCAGAUGACCAGCUCGCAAAAAGCAUUGAUGCUUGAGCUGAAAUCCUUGCAGGAGGAACCAGUGGAGGGCUUCCGGAUCACCCUGGUGGACGAGUCCGACCUCUACAACUGGGAGGUGGCCAUCUUCGGACCCCCUAACACCCUCUACGAAGGCGGCUACUUCAAGGCACAUAUUAAAUUUCCUAUUGACUACCCAUAUUCACCACCUACCUUCAGAUUCUUGACCAAAAUGUGGCACCCCAACAUUUAUGAGAAUGGAGAUGUAUGCAUUUCAAUUCUUCAUCCGCCUGUAGAUGACCCACAAAGUGGAGAACUGCCCUCUGAAAGGUGGAAUCCCACUCAGAAUGUGAGGACUAUCCUGUUAAGUGUAAUCUCACUGCUUAAUGAGCCCAACACCUUUUCUCCAGCCAACGUGGAUGCUUCAGUGAUGUUCAGGAAAUGGAGGGACAGUAAAGGAAAAGACAAGGAGUACGCUGAGAUCAUCAGGAAACAGGUCUCGGCCACUAAGGCUGAAGCAGAAAAGGAUGGAGUGAAGGUCCCCACAACCCUGGCAGAAUACUGCAUCAAAACUAAAGUGCCUUCCAAUGACAACAGCUCAGAUCUGCUGUAUGACGACUUGUAUGACGACGACAUUGAUGAUGAAGACGAGGAGGAAGAGGACGCCGACUGUUAUGAUGAUGAUGAUUCUGGGAACGAGGAGUCGUGACAUGUUCCUUCAGUGCCCCUGUACUGCCCUGACGUCUCAGGCCAAAGGGAGGGGAGCAAGUGGGGAUCUAUGGCGGCCCCUCAGCAAAAACUUACUCAUGGGGUGGGGAAACACACAGCUCCUGCUGACUCCCCGCGGAUCUCAGUUUGCUCCUUUUUAUGGACCUUUACUGGAGAGAAAGUACCCUCCACAGAAUGUCUGAAUUCUUGCAUUCUUUACCCUUCCAUCACUGUAUUGAUUCUUUUUAAAGGAAAAAAAAAAAAGCCACCACCCUUCAAACUCCCACCUCACUUCAUCUCUGCAGAAUGUUCACAGCAAAACACGUUUGUCUGUUUUUAGAUUCUUGAAGAAUUAGUCUGUUUAAGACAUUAUGUGUUUAAAGCUGGGAACGCACUGGGAGUCCACAAGUGCUGCAUAUAUUGGGUAGCAAAAGAAAAUGGGGGAAAAAAAAAAACACAAAACCAAAAAAAAAAAAACCACAAAACCCACAAAACAAACUUUAAAAAAAAAAAAAAGCCAAUUUGCCAAGCAAGGUUUAGCUGCUCCUUUCCAUUAGUGCGUGUGCAUUUGUUCAGCCCGUGGUGGUGAAUUUUGUUUCUUUCCCUUCCUAAGGCUGGGAUGCAGUGGGCAUCAGGGACUUACUCUUGCUAAUCCUGAUGAAGUGUGCUGCUUCUGCCUCUAUGACAUCACCCCAACAUGGAGGCUACAGCUACUCUGAGAGAAAUCAGAUUUUGUUUUUUUGGAAUUGAUUGGGAUCUAAAGCCUGAAAUAAAUAUUCAUACUUUACAUAGAA